GGUGGCAAGGCAGGGGGUCACUGGUCAUUGCAGCUGGUCCUGAGGCAGCCACGGUGUCACUUGUCUAGUUUUGCUGCUUUUCUGGGCCUGGAGCUGAAAUACAACUGAGGCCUCGAUGUUAUCGUAGGCAGGAAAGCUCAGGGGGUCCAAACCACAGGACCAGCGAUAUGCUGGGGGAGGAAGGUUACCCUGGGGACGAGGUUCUUGUCUUUCUAGUUUUGCCCCUUGCUAGGCAUCCGGACUUUCUGCCCUGGUGAGCUCCUGUACCUGGCUCAGCAUCCUUGCUCUGCUCUUGUUGCCUCACUAUCUAUAUAACAGAAUGAAGGCUCCUGCCUCUGGAGGAUAGGCCAGGCGAGGGGGCUUAGGACUGUAGACUCAUCCAUCGUCACCCACAAAAGAGGUGAGGUGGGGCCAGUCCCUGCAGGGAGAGGCUCCCAUCUGGGAGGCUGGUGUGUGGGUCUGGGCAUGGCUCAGCCACUGCCAAACCGUGACAGUGAGCCAUACUUCCUCUGCGCCAUCUAGUUCCCCUCCCAGUUACUGGUGGCCAUGCGUGACUUUCUGAACCUCUCCAGGUCUCAAUUCCCUCUUCAGGAAGCGAUGGCAAUUUUUGUGAUUGUGAGGGUCAAGCCAGUCUGUGUGGCAGCUGGCACAGCACCGGGCACAUGCUCAGCACAGCGCGACCAUGCUGUGGCCCCUGCUGCUGUUGCUGUCCGUGAGCUGGGUCCAGACGACCCGGCCAUGUUUCCCCGGGUGCCAGUGUGAGGUGGAGACCUUCGGCCUCUUUGACAGCUUCAGCCUGACACGAGUAGAUUGCAGUGGCCUUGGCCCCCACAUCGUGCCUGUGCCCAUCCCUCUGGACACAGCCCACCUGGACCUGUCCUCCAACCGGCUGGAGACUGUGAACGAGUCGGUGUUGGCAGGGCCAGGCUAUACCACCCUGGCCGGCCUGGAUCUCAGCCAUAACCUGCUCACCAGCAUCUCGCCCACCGCCUUCUCCCGCCUUCGCUAUCUGGAGUCGCUUGACCUCAGCCAUAAUGGCCUGGCAGCCCUGCCUGCAGACAGCUUCACCAGCUCGCCCCUGAGUGAGGUGAACCUCAGCUACAACCGGCUCCGUGAGGUCCCAGUGUCCGCCUUCACCACCCACGGCCAGGGCCGAGCGCUGCACGUGGACCUCUCCCACAACCACAUCCACCGCCUCGUGCCCCACCCCGCUGGGGCCAGCCUGCCCACGCCCACCAUUCAGAGCCUGAACCUGGCCUGGAACCGGCUCCGCACUGUGCCCAACCUCCGGGACCUGCCCCUGCGCUACCUGAGCCUGGAUGGGAACCCGCUGGCCGCCAUCGGCCCAGGUGCCUUCACAGGACUGGCUGGCCUGACACACCUGUCGCUGGGCAGCCUGCAGGGUCUCCCCCAACUGGCACCCUAUGGUUUUCAUGAGCUGCACAGCCUGCAGGUCCUAGACCUGUCAGGCAACCCCAAGCUCAAGUGGGCAGGAGCGGAGGUAUUCUCGGGCCUGGGCUCACUGCAGGAGCUGGACCUGUCGGGCACAAGCCUGGUGCCCCCACCUGAGACGCUGCUCCUCCACCUCCCAGCGCUGCAGAGCGUCAGUGUGGGCCAGGGCAUGAAGUGCCGGCGCCUGGUGCGGGAGGGUGCCUACCCCCGGCAGCCUGGCUCCAGCCCCAAGGUGGCUCUGCAAUGCAUAGACACUGGGGAACCGGCUUCCAGGGCUUCCAGAGGCCUCAGCAUCUUGUGACAAAUGGUGUGGCCCUGGGCCACACGACAGACUGCUGCCCGGGCUGACUCAGGUCCUGGGUAAUUUAUAUUUUAAUGUGCCAAUGCCAGUGGGGACUCUGCAAGCCUGUAUGGCAGCAGCAUCGAAAGACAGCUGUGGACUGAGAAGAGGCUUUGGACCUGGGACAACACCCAGGAGGAAAGCCUUGCCCUUUGUCUGUAUUGCCCCCACACCAUAAGCAGGGGGUCUUUGAUGCCAAACUACACAGCUGCCCGCUGCUGUCCUUCCCCACUCGACCCCCAAGUGCCUUCUUCCCUCAGGCCUGGGCUAACCUGACUAUGACAGGAGGAAGGUCAGAGGUCAGGUCCAUGGCUGAGUGCCCCUUGGGGGGUGGUCCAGCCACUCAGGGGCAUGGGUUUCUUUUGCUCCAGGCACAUGGGGCCCACUUUAUCCUUUUCUGUUCCCCUGGAGCCCUGGGUAGAACUUUAGUUACAGAAAGGCCUGGGGGGUGCCCACCUCCUCAUGUGGCCGAUGGGAGAACUGGGGCUCAGAGGAAAAUUGGUAAUCUGAGGUACUGCCGCGGCAGAGGCAUGACUGCCUCCCAGCCAGGCCCCUUUGCACUUUACUGUCUUCUCUAAAUCAUGGCCUCCCUCUCCCCUUUCUGGGCUCCCCUUUGCUGCCAAGACCCACAUCCUACCAUUGGCACCCAUUUCCUGUCAUCCCGGGGAGGUAGGACUCUGGCCCACUGACCAGCUGCGAUGCCCGGUCUGUCACUUCACCUCUCAGAGCUUCUGGAAGCGUCAGGCAUGCCAGUCCCAGCCCUGCCAGUUUCUCACUUGGGUGGGGUCCCCCAGCAUCAAGACUGGAAACGUACCUAUUGAUCCUUGAGGCCCUGUUCCUAGAUGCUCUCCCUAAGAUGUUGAUGCAGUCCUGGUCCUCCCCUCCCCCGCCCUGCCACAAGCCAGGACCGGCCUCCCAGAUUCAGCCCCCACUGGCCCAGAGCCCACAGCCCACCUCUCCUACUAUGAGUGCAGCAGGAGGAGGCAGGCAGUCCCCACCCAGUUUUAUGUUCCCCCACCAGGGUGGCCUCUCAGCCUCCCAGCCCUGGCUCUUUCCUUAGGCUCAUUUUAUAGACUGUUGUUGCCUUUUUUAUGGACUGUCACCUUUAACCUGCUCCCCACCCCCACCCCUGCUGGCAGGGGAUGCAAAGUGUCAUUUGUAAAAGAAAAAGAGUUGCAUUUGUUCACUUUCGUAAGAGUGUGUCCUGGGGGUGUGUUGGGAAAGGAGGUGUUGGGUGGAAGCCAGCUGGCCAUGUGGGCAACAGGGGGCUGGUCCCACAAAGACACCACAGGACAGUGAGAGCUCUGUCCCCCACCGGCCCCACCCGACACCUAACUAGUCCUUGGUUCAAUAAACGUUAGAAAGAGUCCCUCUUUCCAUCACUGUCCACUCAUAUUGCCUCGGCUGGCCCUGGGGCCACAAGGAUGAAUCAGCACCAGCCUUGCCCUGGGGAGUAUGUUCUUCCUGAAAAGCCCAAUAGGGGAGAGAGGUGACAUGGGGGGGUUACUCGGGGGUGGGUUGCACCUACCGCAGCUUGCACCCUGUCCACCUUCCUUAUCUCCCCUCUCCCAUGAACUCACAGGGUUACUCUGGGACCUUGCCCUUGCCCUCCUCCCUACCUUUCAACUCCCCAUGCUAAUGGACCCAGUUCCUGUCUCACCUCCUUCAGAAGUUUUCCCUGAGGUCCCUCCGCCUCCCUCCUCUGAGCUCCAACAGUGCUUGGUUCCUUCCUGUCAUUUCACUGCUGUGCUAACUCCUCUGUGCGCCUCCAGUGACAGGGAGCUCAUUUCCAGCUCAUCUGAGUGGCUCUACUGUCAGCAAAUUUAGAUGGAUCCGGAAGGCUUCCUGGAGGAGGCUCAUCCAUCCACAGCUGAGUAGGACAAGUGGGCCUGGAAAGAAGGGGCUGGCACUUGGGAGGGGUUAUAGGUGAGCAAUGGCACAGAACCUAGAACAUGCAGGUCAUCGGUAUGGGUGGGGAGCUUGUCCAUCUUGUCACUCAACCUUCUAUCCCCCCCCCCCCCCACACACACACACACAGGAACCCAAGGCUGGCACCAUUGUCAAUAUGAAAGGGCUGAGGCAUGAGGGGGGGGUGUUGUGAGAGUAAGACCCCGGCCCUUAGAGUCCUCCGAUUGGUUCUCCACCCCUUCUGCAUUCCCUGGAUUAGAGAGAUUUCAAAUGCAGGGUCCGGGAAAGAUCUCUGGGACUUUCACCCAAUGGGUCUGGGCCCUCCCAAAGCCCUGCUUGAGGAAGGAGCACUUGAGAGAGGGACAAAGGGGUGCUGAAGGCAGGAGCGGGGGUGGGGGUGGGGGUGCUGGGGCUCCUGCAGGAGAAGAGGAGCUCUGAGGCAGGUCAUCUCCGCCCUGAGCUGUAGUGGGAGGGUGCAGAUGCCACCACAUGGUGCAGGGCCCUCCUUCCUGUGGGGUCAUUAUCCUGUACCCCAGCCCUGGCCUCUGGCCUGUCAGGUGUCAGGGAGGGCAGAAGCCCUACAGGCCUCCCCGAGGCCCCUCCAGAGGCUCCCGGCCCGCGACGCCACCUUGUGGUUUUGCGCGGCCAGACACCCCAGGUCCGGGGGGGGGGGGGGGGGGGUCGUGGGAGCAAGGCCAAAGUGGCCUGUGCAGUUUGUGCAGCCUGCCUCACCUUCCCCUAGCUAGACUGCUUUCAUCCUGCCGUAUCUGCCCUCCUGGAAUCCUGGGGUUAAGAAUGGGCUCAUUCAGCAUGGAGGGACCUGGAGAGUAUUAUGCUAAGUGAAGUGAACCAGUCAGAGAAAGACAAGUAUCGCAUUAUCUCGUAUGUGGAAUCUAAUGAACAAAAUAAACUGAUGAAUGGAGUGGA